AUGGAUAUUCAACGUAUUAUUGAUUCAUUGGGAUCACUCAAUAAGGACCAAAUCAAACCCAUUGUUGGUAUUGCUGCUGCUACGAGCGUGGCACUUUACACUACCUAUGCUUUGCGAAAGAAGCGUACUGCCAUUCCUGAAGGUUUUCGUGAUAUCCCAACUGUCAGUGAAGGACGCAUCCCGUACUUUGGCCAUUUAUUGUCGAUGGGUGAAUUGCCUGCUACUACCAUCACCAAGUGGCAUAAGAAAUAUGGUCCGAUCAUCCGCGUCUACUUUGGUGUGCAACCAUGGAUCAUGAUCAGCGAUCCAAACAUUGCCCAUGAGCUUUUCAGUUCCAAGGGCAGUGUCACAUCCGGUCGUCCUUGGCAAUUGUAUAGCCAUCAAUAUUAUGCACCUGGUCAACGCGGUGUUGCUUUCCCUGAUCCUGGCAAGCGUUGGAAGAAAACCAGAACUGCAGCUCUUGAUAUUCUUGCUCCCAAGAACGUUGACAAGUUCAGUGAUCUCAUUGGCCGUGAAUCCGAUUUCCUUAUCAAGUACCUGACAAGUGCUUCAUUCGCUAAUGGCAGUGUCAGUCUCAUCAAGCCUUUGCAAUUCUUCUCCAUGAACGUCAUUUUGCAAGCCGCUCUCGGCAAGCGCGUCGACUCACCCAACGAUCCUGAAUUCCGUGAAAUCGUCCGUGUCAUUGAUCAGAGUAUGAAGUUUGCUGGUGUUGCCGAAGAUAUCAGCUCGUUCUUGCCCAUCUUGACGGUGCUCGAUGUCAUUUAUCGCAAGGAACGCAAGCUCAAAAAGUUCAUUGAAGAAGUGCGUAACCCUCUCUUCCGUCGUCUCAUCAAGGAGUCCUUGGAUAGCGGUGAAGAAUGCUUGGCCAAAUGGUUUUAUGAGUACAAGGAUGAAGAAGUGGAUGAUCAUGGCAUUUUGGUUGCAUUGAGCGAUAUCGUUGCUGGUGGUGCUGAUACCACAGCUGUUUCUCUUUCCUGGUUCAUGGUCAUCAUGUGCCAUCAUCCCGAAGUUCAAGAGCGUCUACGUGCCGAGGUGGAUGAGUUUAUCUUAGCCAACAAGCGCUACCCUACCUUUGCUGAUCGUGACAGCUUCCCUUACAUGAUCUCGGUGCAAAAGGAGUGCAUUCGUUACAGACCUACCACCCACUUUGGUUUAUUGCAUCAAGCUACUGAAGAUGUGGAUGUCCAAGGCUACUAUAUCCCCAAGGGCACUGUGAUGGUUAGCAACAUGCACGCUAUGCACUUGAACCCUGAUGCAUUCGCCAAUCCUGAAGAAUUCAUUCCUGAACGUUUCUUGAACAACCUUAAGCCCAUGUCUGCAUCAGCCAACUCGGGUAUCGAGAACCGUGACCAAUACAAUUUUGGCUGGGGAAGACGUAUUUGCCCUGGUAUCUACUUGGCUGAAAAUGAAAUGUUUUGUGCUUUGACUCGAUUGUUUGCCAAGGCCAUUAUCGAGCCCAAGGUCGACGCUGAUGGCAAGCGUGUCUACCCUGAUCUCAACAAGACCCACGACGCUGGUUUGGUUGUCCAUCCUGAAAUCGAUGAUCUUCGCCUUGUUGAACGAACGGAUGCCGUUGUUAUCUAA